UUUGACUCCUUCGUCCUCUGUUUUGUCAGUAUCAAAUUUAAGUUAUUCGUGAGAGAGUGCUAUCAAUCGAUAAACCAUAUGUUUAUAAUCUCCCACCAAAGGGGUUCUUCGGGUCACAGCCGGUGUUCAGAUUUUGAGACAUACUGAUCCAAUGUCUGUUGUCAAAUUGAAGUCUUACACGUGGGACAUCCUAGGGCCAUUAAAUCAACCGCAAUUCCCUCCUCGAGAUGCAAUUCCACUCUUUGCUCAUCGCGCUGGCGGCAGCUUCAACAAUAUUUGCUGUUGCGAUUCCGAAAUCAUACACCGAACUCAUGACUGAGGAGAGUGCCCAGCCUACUUUCAAGGAGCCCUAUACACAAGAGCAAACGAGCAAAGUGUGCAAAGCUCCCCGUUCCAUAACUCUGGAUCCAUCGAGCUGCUGCUCGGGGAAGUUCAUCCCUGUCCUGGUGCAGGUGGUUUUGUGUUUCUAUGCUUGUAGCCUUACUUUUCGUGAUUGGGCAUUGAGAGCAGUACUAGCGCGGAAUUCUGAUAUAUUGAGCAUGGCAGCAGUUGUUAACGUCAAACUUACCAAGUUUCUCAAAUUGGAUCUCUUUAUCUACUACUCACUGUCUCUUCUGAAACCUCAUAUUGAAUAGAAGCUUCUCGCAAUGAUCAGCGAGUGUUGGGAACAGCUGCCACAUACUUUACAGGUGUCGUUUGUGCCCACAUUCUUCGUUUCCUAAAUGAAGCUUUUGACCUUACGU